AUGUCGAGGAUGAACAGCAAACACGCGCUUCCUUCCUUCGUGGAGUCCGACCUCAACGUCUCCGGCCUCGAGGAGGAACCCGCUCUUUCGGAGUAUGACUUCGAGCUGGCGAUGCCCGUGUGGGAGAUCGUGGUGACCGUCGUCUCUCUAGGCGUCAUCAUCAUCUUCACCAUCAUCGGCAACGUGCUGGUGAUCCUGUCCGUGUUCACGUACCGGCCGCUGCGCAUCGUGCAGAACUUCUUCAUCGUGUCGCUGGCCGUGGCCGACCUGACGGUGGCCGUGUUCGUGCUGCCCUUCAACGUGGCCUACAGCAUCAUCGGCAAGUGGGUGUUCGGCAUCCACCUGUGCCAGAUGUGGCUCACGUGCGACAUCAUGUGCUGCACGGCCUCCAUCCUCAACCUGUGCGCCAUCGCGCUCGACCGCUACUGGGCCAUCACGGACCCCAUCAACUACGCGCAGAAGCGCACCGUCAAGCGUGUCAUGAUCAUGAUCGGCCUCGUGUGGGCCAUCAGCGUGGUCAUCUGCCUGCCGCCGCUGUUCGGCUGGAACGACUGGCCCGACGUGUUCACCUCCGACACGCCCUGCAUCCUCACGCAGGAGCGCGGCUUCGUCAUCUACUCCUCCUCGGGCUCCUUCUACUGCCCGCUGCUCAUCAUGACCAUGGUCUACAUCAAGAUCUUCACGGCCACGCGGAGGCGCCUGCGCGAGCGGGCCAGGGCCUCCAAGCUCGACCAGAUUCAGAACGCCGGGAAGCCCAAGGAUCAGAAGGACGAGGACUCGGGCGCCAGCGACAACGGCCAGAACGACGUCCAGAACGGCUACAACGAAACCUACAAGAAGAAGAAGCAAAGGAAGCGGAAGAAGAAGUCGGUGAACACGACCCCGACCUCCCCCGCCCCCAAGGCCUUGAACUCGCCGCUCGUGGCGGAGACCUCGCUGACCCACAAGAGCCCGAACACGAAGACCGAGGUCUCUCCCGUCGAGGAGAGGAAGAACGCGGAGGUCGUCGUCAGGGUCAACCCGAAGGACGGCAGCCAGAUCCACCAGUUCAUCGAGCAGAAGCAGAAGAUUUCUCUGUCCAAGGAGCGUCGAGCCGCCCGGACGCUGGGCAUCAUCAUGGGCUCCUUCGUGGUGUGCUGGCUGCCCUUCUUCCUCAUGUACGUGAUCCUGCCCUUCUGCUCCACGUGCCCGGUGCCCAACGACAAGGUCAUCAACUUCAUCGUGUGGCUCGGCUACAUCAACUCCUCCCUCAACCCGGUCAUCUACACCAUCUUCAACCUGGACUUCAGGAGGGCCUUCGCCAAGAUCCUGAAGUGUCCCAGCAGCACCUCUGUGUAA